AUGGGCAGACCUCGCGUCUUCAUUUUAAAGGGCAACGAGACGGGAAAAAUUAUCAAACACAAGGCCAGUCUCGUAGCGAAUGAGUACUCACAACGGGAUGGUAUCAAUUACGAAAAGACGUUCUCACCGGUGGCUUAUCACAACUAUAUUCGUGCUGUUGGCCAACUAGAAGAGGAAGUAUACAUCGAGCUCCUAACCUUGACUGGUGCUGAAGGAAAAGGUGGUAUUGUGUAUUCAUUGCUGCAGAACUUAUACAGUCUCAUACAGGCAUCAUACGUCUGA